AUUACACAUGGACCCAUGUUGACAGGAUAUGUACCUUGUACAUCCACGAGGUCCCCACCCAGAAGUUUCCUAGGCAGGACACGCCCAGGCUGGAUGGAGGAAAGCUAUUUUUUACCUACCUCUCAAGCUGGCUGGUGCUUAACUUGACAGCUUCAACUCCCUACACGCGCCAGCGUGAGACUGCAUCCUUCAACGCCAACGCCCAGCCGCCUGCCUUUCCGCCCUUUUGCCUUCCAGCAUCUCGCAGACCGAUCGGGGCACAGGUUGUGCUAGGUAUUGUGUUAGGCACCCAACCCGUCGCGGCCAACCGAGAUGGAGUACCGGUCGCCUUCCCGAGACCGUUACGUGUCACGCUCCCCGACUCCUCGGUCUCGUUAUUCGCGAUCGCCUUCGCCCGUUCGACGCCGCCGGUCGCCCACCAGGUCUCAGUCUCCGGUUCCCCGCCGCAAUGGUAGAUUCCGUAGCGCCAGUCGAAGCCGGAGCCGCGAUCGCGAUGUUCGUGGCAGGAGUGAGAGCCCCCUGAGGGGCAGCACCAAGUUAACCAAGACUAUCAAUGAGGACCACCUCCACGAGAUAUUCGGCCAGUAUGGGAUCAUUCGAGAUUUAGACAUGCCCAUGAAUCGGCAAUUUAAUACGAAUCGCGGCACGGCCUACAUUCUCUAUGUCCACGAAGCUGAUGCGGAAGCGGCCAUCGCCCACAUGCAUGAGGCUGUCGUCGACGGCUCAGUUAUCAACGUUUCCAUCGUCCUCCCCCGCCGAAAAUUCUCGCCUUCUCCGCCAACUGCUAGCCGAGGCGCAAAUAUCGAUCCGCGACUCCCCGCGCCUGGCUUCAGGGGCGGUAGGGGCGGUGGCGGUGGAAGCAGCAGCGGCGGCGGUCCUCCUGGUGGUGGAAGAGGAGGUGGGCUUGGCGGAGGCCGACCGCCUCAUUCGCCUCCGCGAUAUGGCCGGCCGGGUCGCGAUAAUUUCGACACCUACCGUCCCCGCUCCUAUUCGCGGUCGCGAUCCCCUUUUCCCCGUCGCAAUCGUAGCCCGUCAGGCUCGUACGCGUCCAGGUCCCGAUCUGGCCCAAGACGACGAGGAAGGAGAGAUAGUUAUGACAACUACGAUGAUGUUCGACGACGGAGCCCUAGCUAUGACAGCCACCGUGCCCGCAGCCGCUCGCGUAGCCGCGGCAGGGGCUAUCGUUAAGAUGGGAAAUCCAGCAUUGCUGUAUCGAGACAAGGGUUCGGAAGAGAGUGGCAUUCGCGGCUUAGGGGUUUUGAUAAUUGACUACCGAUUCUACAGCAGUAUGUCUGUUCCUUGCUGAACCACCGGAUCCAUUACUCAUGAUCCUUCUAGGUCGUGCUAUGCCGCCUUCGCCUGAACGAGGGAGUCAUCGCACCGCUGCACAGACGUACGUGCUGCCUUUACGGCGUUCUUCGUGCCCCGGGAGGCAGUUUUCCCAUUUGUUGCUCUGUUUAGGUUGUUAAAAGUCCGCUUUCGCUCUUCUUCGUGGCAGGCAACGCCGUGUUUUUCGUCUUACGGACAGCAGUGCUUAGUAGAAUGAUCCAAUCUCCGCGCUUCCACACUUCUACGCGAGGUUCCGUGACUUAAGCUCAUCACCUCGACUCGACAGUCUAUUCUAAACUCGAGUCGCUACGUAUUAGUUGCCUUGAGGGGUGCA